ACGCCCUCGUGGCAACGGGUCCGUGACUGAAAAACAUUGAACCCGACUAGCUCGCCCAACAGUUUCUUGUGGAACGUGAACGAACAGGACUCCUGACAACUUGCGCCCAGCUCAGCGCGGGAUCACUUUAAAAGACGGAGACCAUGCAGUACCCAUCGGAGUGCGUGCCAAUGCAGCCCAACACCUACGAGCGACUGAAAGAUCCCCGGGAUGCGGCGAUGAUCAACGAUGCGUCGCCGCGGAUAAUGGUGGCACCGAUUCCGCCUCCUCGGGACCACAUUGUGUGGUCCCUGUUCAACUUUUUCUACAUGAACGCGUUCUGCCUCGGCUUUGUGGCUCUUUAUUUCUCGAUUAAGUCCAGAGACCGGAAGGUGGUGGGCGACUUGGAAGGGGCGCGAGAAUACGCCUCCACCGCGCGCUGCCUCAACAUUGUGGCGCUCUGUCUCACCCUGCUGUUCGUAAUCGUCAUCGUCGUCCUGCUGGCUGCGGGCGCCAUCGCCCUCCAGGAAAACAUCAAACACAUGAUGAACGAUCGGCAUUAGCCGACACGAUCACGUGGUUCUUUCCUUGCUUGCAUCUUUUUUUCUGGAACGUCCUCUGUGGAUUCUGAUUUAAAACCAUUAUAUCCCUGAUAUGAAUUUCUAUUUUUCGUAUGCACUCAUCUUGGUUACAUUAAAAAAACAA